AUGGCCUCCGCGAUCCCCAUCCCCAACGAAGACAUCUCCUUCGUGGGCAUCAAAUCCGGCGAAACCUUCAAACUCGGCCCCAUGACCUGCCGCAUCCUCGAAGACGGCUCCCACACCUCCCAGCGCCUGGGAGUCGCCGAGCUAACGAUGCCGCCGCACACGCCCGGGCCGCCACCGCAUUGGCAUGAAAUGCACGAUGAGACGUUUUUGAUCCAGGCUGGGACGGUGCGGUUUCAUGUGCCGGAUCCGGAGAGCGAGGGGAAGGAUAGGGUGGUGAGGGAUGCGGGGGUGGGGGAUUAUGUUGUUGUGCCGAUUAGAGCGCCGCAUACUUUUAGCAAUCCAGGGGAUGAGGAGGCGACGAUUAUUUUCACUAGCACGCCGAGUUUCUAUAUCAACUACUUCAAGCUGUUAAGUUCACUGAGCAAGCCGGAUGAGCCGUUGCCGGGGGAGGUGACGAUGAAGGCGAUGAGCAUGUUUGCUACCAUCCAGGUGGAUGGGAAACCGAGGCUGGCGAAGUAG